AUCAUCCAUCAAAGUUCAGAGCUCAGAGGAAGAAGAAGAGGAGAUCGGUCGAAAUGUCACAGGCGCUGUGGGAGAAGAGUCCGGCAUGGAGAUGGCUAGUAACGCAGACUAAGGUUUCAAAACCAUUCUUCUUCACCUUCGCAGCCGUAUGCGGUGUUAUACCUGGUGUCAUCGGAUUCUGUGUUAUGCAGUUGACUAACUCAUCUAACCCUCAGCUUGAAGCUCAACUUCGCAAAAAUGCUUCACCCGAUUCUCUGAUGAUGGGGAAAGUGAAUCAGGAGAGACUUGCAGAAUACCUUGGGGAGCUGCAGAGAAAGGAGAACACAAACGACCGGUAUGUAGCUGCUUUAAAAGGAGAGACUUUGACAAGGAAUCCUUACGUUAGGAUUCAACCCGUACCAAAACCCUUGAGCAACGCCAGCACCAGUGCCAGCGCCAGCACUAAAAUUACUGAUCAGAAGGAGAAUAAGUAGUAGGAAGGUUGAGGUGAAGAUGUCAGUUGCUGUGGGGGAUUGGAUGAAGGUGAAAGCAAUGUGGUAAUGCAUAACUGGAUUUGCGUGCUGUGAAAAAGUCACUUAGACCUCUGUUUUCUCUGAUGGUUUUUGUUACUUGUAAAGAAGAGAAUUCUAACUUUCUAGUCACUUGCUGUGCUAUGGUUGACUGCCAAUUAAAGCUGCUGAAGUUUUACAGCAUCUGAUUUUAUGUAUUGUCAAGUAUAGAGUAUGGUACUGUCGAUGAGUGAAAUUACAGUUGUUUAUGUUCUCUUUAAUGGAGUAAGUACUGAAUUUUGUCUACAAUUUGUGUUUGAAAAAUUUUAGUUUCCCGGA